AUGCGAGGGGACGUCAUAUUUGAUCAAGGCGAAUCCCUGGGGCGUGCAGGCUGCUCCCAGGAAACAGCCUGCCAGGCACCAGGAUUUUCUGAAACUGAAACGUUGAUAAAUGAACGUGGAGAAACUUGCAUUCUGAGAUACUAGCUUUGUAAUGCGAGGCCCGACGGUCUUGCCCUGUUCUAAGAUGGCGGCGUGGCUUCUCUCAGCGUCUUGCUUCCGCCCUUACGUCGGAGAUACGCCCUUUGAUUGGCCCGCGGACGGCGCCGUGGCAUGACGCACGGAGAGCUCUGACUAAUCGGCCGAGAGCUGAGCUGGACUUGGUCUUGCGAGCCGAAGCUGGGCACUUGAAGCUGUAGGUGCUGACUGCUGCGGCCAGGUGAGCGGCUCCGGCCAGUUCCUUUUUAGGCUAUGGCAACAUAUCUGGAGUUCAUUCAGCAGAAUGAAGAACAGGAUGGUGUGCGUUUUAGUUGGAAUGUGUGGCCUUCCAGCCGUCUCGAGGCUACAAGAAUGGUUGUUCCCCUGGCUUGUCUCCUCACUCCUUUAAAAGAACGUCCAGACCUGCCUCCUGUACAGUAUGAACCUGUGCUUUGUGGCAGGCCAACUUGCAAAGCUAUUCUCAAUCCACUUUGUCAGGUUGAUUACCGAGCAAAACUUUGGGCCUGUAACUUCUGUUUCCAAAGAAAUCAGUUCCCUCCAGCUUACACAGGCAUAUCUGAGGUCAAUCAGCCUGCUGAAUUGAUGCCCCAGUUUUCUACAAUUGAGUACAUGAUACCGCGAGGAGCUCAGUCCCCUCUGAUCUUCCUCUAUGUGGUCGACACGUGCCUGGAAGAAGAUGACCUUCAAGCACUCAAAGAAUCUCUACAAAUGUCCCUGAGUCUCCUUCCUCCAGAUGCUCUAGUGGGUUUGAUCACAUUUGGGAGGAUGGUGCAGGUUCAUGAACUCAGCUGCGAAGGGAUCUCCAAAAGUUACGUCUUCCGAGGGACCAAGGAUUUAACUGCAAAGCAAAUACAGGAUAUGCUGGGCCUGACCAAGCCUGCUGUGCCUGUGCAGAAAGCACGACCUGCUCAGCUACUGGAGCACCCUUUUGUUUCAGGCAGAUUUCUGCAGCCCGUUCACAAGAUUGACAUGAACCUCACUGACCUUCUUGGGGAGCUGCAGAGGGACCCAUGGCCUGUGACUCAGGGGAAGAGACCUCUGCGAUCCACUGGUGUAGCUUUGUCCAUUGCUGUUGGCUUGUUGGAGGGCACUUUUCCAAACACAGGAGCCAGGAUUAUGUUGUUUACUGGGGGUCCCCCAACCCAAGGGCCUGGCUUGGUGGUCGGAGAUGAAUUAAAGGUUCCUAUUCGUUCCUGGCAUGAUAUUGACAAAGAUAAUGCAUGUUUCAUGAAAAAGGCGACCAAGCACUACGAGAUGCUUGCUAAUCGAGCUGCUACAAAUGGCCACUGUGUUGAUAUUUACGCUUGUGCCCUUGAUCAGACUGGACUUCUAGAGAUGAAAUGUUGCACAAAUCUUACUGGAGGCCAUAUGGUGAUGGGAGAUUCUUUCAACACUUCUCUUUUCAAGCAGACAUUCCAAAGGAUUUUCACUAAAGAUUUUAAUGGCUAUUUCCGAAUGGCAUUCGGUGGUACUUUGGAAGUAAAGACCUCUCGGGAGCUGAAGGUUGCUGGAGCCAUUGGUCCUUGUGUUUCUCUGAAUGUGAAGGGACCGUGUGUGUCAGAAAAUGAGCUUGGUGUUGGUGGCACGAAUCAGUGGAAAAUCUGUGGCCUGGAUCCCACUUCUACGCUUAGCAUCUACUUUGAAGUAGUCAAUCAGCACAACGCCCCAAUCCCCCAAGGAGGCAGAGGCGCCAUCCAGUUUGUCACGCAGUACCAGCACUCCAGCACCCAGAGACGCAUCCGUGUGACCACAGUUGCCCGGAAUUGGGCAGAUGCACAGAGUCAGCUCAGGCACAUAGAAGCAGCGUUUGACCAGGAGGCUGCGGCUGUCUUGAUGGCACGGCUGGGAGUGUUCCGAGCAGAGUCUGAGGAGGGCCCCGAUGUACUCCGGUGGUUGGACCGACAGCUCAUCCGACUGUGUCAGAAGUUUGGACAGUAUAACAAAGAAGACCCCACUUCCUUUAGGUUAUCAGACUCCUUCUCUCUGUAUCCUCAGUUCAUGUUCCAUCUGAGAAGAUCUCCAUUUCUUCAAGUGUUUAACAACAGUCCUGAUGAGUCAUCAUACUACAGACAUCAUUUCGUGCGGCAGGAUCUAACCCAGUCCCUCAUCAUGAUCCAGCCCAUUCUAUACUCUUACUCCUUCCAUGGACCACCAGAGCCAGUUCUCCUGGACAGCGGCAGCAUUCUACCUGACAGAAUCUUGCUGAUGGAUACAUUCUUCCAAAUUGUUAUUUAUCUUGGCGAGACCAUAGCCCAGUGGCAUAAAGCUGGGUACCAGGAUAUGCCUGAGUACGAAAAUUUCAAGCACCUCCUCCAGGCACCAGUAGAAGAUGCUCAAGAAAUUCUGCAGGCACGCUUUCCAAUGCCACGUUACAUUAACACAGAGCAUGGAGGCAGUCAGGCGCGAUUCCUGUUAUCCAAAGUGAACCCGUCUCAGACACACAAUAACCUGUAUGCUUGGGGACAGGAAACGGGAGCACCCAUCCUAACUGAUGACGUUAGCCUGCAGGUAUUCAUGGAUCAUCUGAAGAAGCUGGCUGUCUCCAGUGCCUGUUAAGCUGGGGAUGUGAACAGGACUUUGAAGCAAACACUGUCAGAUUGUGUUCCCAAUUGUUUGUAAAGGCUUAAUAACAUUCCUGUUUUCUUGUGGAUUUUAAUAAAUAAUCAAAGGAAAUGUUGUAUGUAACCUUUAGAUAUAAUUUAUUUGUAUUCCUUAUGUGUGCCCCUUUUCUUGCAUCGUAAAAUUACAAGGUCACAAAUGUUUUGGUAUUUGUAGAUGUUUAUAUGCCUUUUAUAUCCUAACUUUACAGUCUAUAUAAAAUCAGAGGUAAUGUAUUUUGGCAACUUGCUUAGAUGAAAAUCAUGAUGAUCACAAGGGAAAUAAAUGAAAAACUCAUUGGCUAAAACAA